AUGGACAUGCAACUUACACCUGUGUCAUCAGAGGAGGCGAUCUUCGAAUGGUCAGAUAAUUCAACUAGCCCAGAUCGAGACGACGUCGAGGAAAUUAUACGACAAACACAAGGCGUGCGAUAUAGUCCCAGGCAACCAAGAGUUAUACGUGCACCAACCCGUCGACGAGUACGAAUUGACGAAUCGUGUGCCGAUUAUUCAAUCAAUUUUCAACAUUACAAAUUUGGGAGAAUUGAAAUGAGAGCCGGAAGUAUGGAGGGUUCAGAUGGGUCGAAUUCUUCCGCAAUUACCGUCAUUACUUCGGCAGGUUCAUCCUGUGGUGACCCUUGGAGUUCAGGAGGAUUUGUCGAGGAAGAAGUAGAUGAUGGCCACGAACAUGAUGGAUCAGUCGAGGGUAGUUGGGACGGAGAACACACACAUGAACAUGAUCACGACCAAGACGUUGAUAUGUUGUUGGAACCGAAAUUAGAACCUUUGGAGGAAGAUUCGAUCCUUGAAUCGGUCGCUCCCCGCACAUCUUCGUCGCUACCCUCGCCUACACAGCCGAAACGACCUAGAGGCCGCCCGCGUAAAAAUCCUGUACAAACUAUCGAACCGUCGCACAAGGUUACAAAGGGAAGAUCAAAGACAGGUUGUGUCACAUGCAGGAGACGAAAGAAGAAGUGUGACGAAGCAAAACCUAGGUGUCAGAAUUGCGAAAAGAAUGCCGUCGUCUGUGAAGGAUACCCAGAAAGACAAGUGUGGAAGAGUGGGAAGGAAAAGGCUGAAGAAGCCCGUCUGCGAAGAAUUAGCUUACCCAAUAUCACACUUCAGCCUGUCAUUCAUGGAGUGGAAACAUCUGGCGACAAAGUCUUUUUCGAACACUACAUUUACAGAUUGAGUCAUAUUUUCACAGUCGAGGGUGCAGACAAGAAUGCUUUCAAGGAUCAAUUACUACCGAUGGCUGUACAACAUGCUGGUCUCAUGCACUCAAUUCUUGCACUUUCGAGUAAACAUAUUGAUUACGACUCGGAAUAUGGACAAAAAUUACUCCAACAACACCCAGAUAUCAACAAGGAAUCUCUAGAAGAAAGAUCUCAAUAUCAUCAUUCGGAAGCCAUAAAGGAGAUUUUGAGCAUUGACGUAAAUACUCAGAUCAGAGAUGAAACCGACACCGCAGUUGUCUCCGCAUGCCUUGGCCAAAUGUUAUGUCUCGUUCUUCAAACCCUCGCAGACCCAAAUCCGAGCGGGCAACACCGCCUUCAUCUCAACACCUAUCAAAAUAUGAUCAAAUCAGCUCCACUCAAAGAAGGACCUUUCUCGAAUUUCAUCGAGGAAUUCUUCCAAUUUCAUAUCAUUCUCGACGAGAUAAUCUCUCUACCGAACACGAUGCCAGAACGUAGCCGCUUGGGCACUGUAUCUGAUGAUUGGAAUCUUCCAUCCAACAUCAUUGAACCUGAUGCCGUGCGUCUCUUAGGUGUCAAUGAUGGUCUUUUCCUCUACAUGUCUAAAAUAACGAACAUUCGCAAUACUAUUCGUGAAAAUAUGCAGAAUCACAUCGACCCUGUGGUGAACUACAAUGCCCUUUAUAGAGCCGCCGAAAUCGAUGCAGGAAUUCGGGAUUGGACCCCCGCGUGGCCAGCUGGAGACUCUAGAGAUCUCGCGGGUUUACUUUACAAACAAAUGAUGUGGGUUUAUUUAUGGAGAACUAUUUACCCUCCCAAAACAACAUUUUGGAAGCCUGAUCCUAGAAUUACACAAGCCGUUGACGAUGGAAUUGCUUUACUUGAGCAAGUACCGCCUCGUGAUCCAGCUCAAACUCUCGUUCUGGCCCCAGCUUUUAUCAUCGGUUGUGCUGCUUUUGAAGAAAGACAACGAGAACCUAUCAGGAAAGCCAUUAGUGUAGUGAAAGCCUAUAUGGAAUUCCGAAAUUCAGACGCUGCCUUGAAGGUGCUUGAAGAAGUUUGGAGAUUAAUGGAUGCUCAAGAUGAGAGAAGUUGGGAUUGGCAAAGUUUGGCUCAUGAAAUGGGCAUGGAUUUUUUGGCUACUUGA